GGGUGGCACCAGGGUGAGAGGCUGACGUACACCCGCCCAUGCUCGCCCUGCUGCUGGGGUCUCCCCGGCACCGCGGAGCAGCUGCUGCUGUUUGGAAUCUGCCCCCCUGCUGCCGGCCCUGCCCGCCGGGGCUCGCCUGCGCCUCCCCAGGCAGCGAGGGUGCAGAUCGCAGUGGUUCUGCCCAGGGCUCAGUAAUGGACCCUUCAGCCGGGGCCACUCCAGCCACCCACAGCUGGGCUCAGUGCACCCCGGUAGCACGGGGCACCGCCCUGAGGACCCCAGAGCUGUGGCUGCAGCUGGGGUGAGGGGCCAGGCAGCAAGGUGGGUUCUCUCCCCUGCCCACGCCCCAUGCUGGGCAGGGCCCAGGGGUUUCCUUGGACGCGGUGCCCAGGCAGUGGCGGGGGCCUGCCACACUAUAGACCUCAGGCAGCCCGGUUCCCUUCACCGCAGGCCCCACUGCAGCACCGGUGCCAGACCAACGGCUCCUCCCGUCUCGCCCCAGCCGUGGGCUAAGGCGUGUGCCACCCCCGCCCUGCCCCCGCCAGCUGCACCGCUGCCGCCCUCCGGUCAUGGGCCCCCGCGUGUGGGCAUGAGGCUGAGCCCACCCCCCCUCCAGCCCAGUGGGGGCUAGCCCGGGGGGCUUGGGGAUGUCGUGCCCCAUGUGUCGUUGCAGCAGGCCCCUCACUGUGCCAGCCAGGCACUGUUGCCCUACGCACGGGCCUCCUCCGGCCUGGCUCCACGGGUCACCCCCGGGACGGCUGGCACGGGAGCGUGGUGGUGGCAUGACCGUGGCAUGUUCGGCACACAGGGACCCAGCCGGGCUGGGGGAUUCACCGCCCAGACAAUCUGUGCAGGCGCUUUAAUGUGAGCUGGCACCAGGCUGCUCGUCCUUGCUAAGCAGCUGUCAAUCACCCUGCUGGCCCCCCCCCCCCCCCCGCCCCCUAUAAAGCUCUGGGCUCCCUCCCACUGGUCCUAGCAGCAUGGCAGUUGCACAGCUGGUGUGGGGGGAGGCUCAGGCUGGCAACAAGCCGGGGGCCCCCAGAGGGGUGUGGGGUGCCCCAGGGCUGCUGCCUCCCCCUCCCCACGCUCUCCUGCAGCUGCCCUGCACCCGCCCAGCCCCACAGGGCUCCAACCUGCUGCCGCCGCACCUGAGCCUCCUUGCACAGCCAGUAAGUGACGCGCCAGGCCUGGGGCGUUGGGGGGGCCGCAGGGGCUGUCUGCUGCCAUCCAGAGGGUGCCCUGCGCGUGCCCCCCCCCACCCCAGCGGGAAAAGGGGGGCAGGCAGUUAGCUGCGCGGAAAGCAGGCGCCAAGCACCCACUGGCAAAGUGUCUGCCACCCUGAGCUCAAAUGGGGGAGGAGGCUAGUGGGUGGCUCAGGGGCAGGGAGCCAGGAGUCCUGGGGGGGGGUCUAGCCCUGGCACUGGGGCAGGGGCAUUGCGGGUGAGUGGGUAAAGCUGGGCAUCACUGCCCACUCUGCUACUCACGCCUUGGUCCCCUGCAGCCAGCUGAACAGACUCUGCCCCAGAGACUGGGACUUGCCUGCCUCCCCUCCUGGGGUCUCUCAUUCCCUGUGGGGUAGCAGCUCUCCCUGUUGUGGGGUGGCUGGGGGAGUGGCUGGCUGUAGGGGCACUCUAAGCCCCCCCCCCCCGCCGGGACAAUAGUACCCAGGAGCUGUGGUCCUGCCCUGGCCAUUGGGUCAGGCGGGGUUGCAGUGCUCCCCACAAGGGUGGGUGAUGGGAGCCCCCUCCAGCAAACCCUAGGGGGCUGCCUGUGGCAUUCAGUACUCUGCAUUGGUGGGGCAGAGCUGGGCCUGCCCAGCACCCUCCUUCCCCUGCCCCACAGACUGUGUCUGUCCCCAGGCUCAGCUCAGUGGGUCAGGGCUCUGCUCUGGCAGGGCUGGGCUGGGACAGUCCCACAUCGUCGUCGUUCCCCCCCCCCCGCCCCCCCCCCGCCCCCCCCCCAAGCUCCUGGAGCAGCCCCAGCAGCACACAGGGCUAGCCCAGGGGUGUAUCCUCAGAGCCCAGCCUGCCCCUAGCACACAGAGCCAAGAGGGCGUGGGGGGGGGGGGGCGUUCCCAGUGUGGGAGCCCCAGCAGGAUAUGGGGGAAGGGCACUAGAUUGGCCGGAGCAAAGGCCCCGCUCUCCGCUCGGGGUGGCUGUGUGGGGAACAGCCCCCGUGACAGGAGGGAGCAGAUGCCAACAAAUGUGCCAGUCCCAGGUGGCUGAACACUGGGAGAUGUGCUGGGGCAUCCCCGGGGCAGGGCUGGGAGGGCAUGGCUUGGGCAAUCCACCAGCGAGCCCCUUCCCUGCCCACGCACCUCUGCAACCAGGGCUUCACCGCCCCUUCCCCUGCCUUCCAGGUGACGGCUGCUUACAACCUCCAGCCCCUGCUCCUACCCGGCCCCGUGCUGUGCUCCCCCCGCUUCGGCCAGGGCCUGCCCGCGGAGCUGUCCCGAGCCAAGGCGGCCACCUCCCGGGAGAGCACCAGCGCCCUGAAGGCCUGGCUGGGCCAGCACUUGAGGCACCCCUACCCCAGCAAGGGCGAGAAGCUCAUGCUGGCCAUCAGCAGCAAGAUGAGCCUCACCCAGGUCUCCACCUGGUUCGCCAACGCACGCCGGCGCCUCAAGAAGGAGAAGCAGCUGAGUUGGGCCCCCUGCAGCAAGUCGGACAGAGACGCCGGCGAGGGCGAGACUCAGGGCGAGCAACAGGGCGAGGGGCCGGGGGGCAGCCCUGGCACAGGGGGCAGCCCCAAGGAGGGCAGCCCAGGCCCCUGCCUGGAGUCAGAGCACCAGCGGCCAAGCGCACAGCCCAACGCUGCUGAGCUGACACAGGGGACGCCGACCCAGCAGCCCAAGAUCUGGUGUCUGGCUGAGAUUGCAACAUGCCCCCAGCAGGAGCAGAGCUGCUGCCUGCGGCUGGAGAUGGCACCUCCCUGCUGGGGAGUCCUACCCCCACAGCUCAGCCUGGCCCUUCCCUGGUGCCCCGAGAGCCACCGGACGCUCCCACAGUGACAGCGUGGCACGGGCGGCAGCCGGCCUGGGACUCACGGCCGGGGGGAGGGGGCUCUGCCCACGGGGAGCUGGGCUGUAGACAGGCCCUCCCAGGUGUUCAGCGGUGCAAGAGCCAGGGAGCCUGUAGAUUUGGGGGAGGCUCUAGGGUAAAGAGUGAGUCCGUGGGGCAAAGAGGGCUUGGGGGGAUGGUUCCUUGAGUGGCUCCCAAAAGACA